AAGGGUGCAGUUGUGACCAUCUCUAGCAGAAGCCAGAAAGGAUCUAGGCUGUGAAGAUCACGCAACAACGAUGGGGGACCUGGGCUCCUACAUCAGGCAUAUUGAACUACUGGGCUACGAGAAGAGGUUUUUCCCAAGCCAACACUAUGUUUACAUGUUCCUGGUGAAAUGGCAAGAUCUCACAGAAAAAGUCGUGUAUCGCAAGUUCACAGAGAUAUAUGAGUUUCAUAAAGCGUUGAAGGAAAUGUUUCCAAUCGAAUCGGGAGAUAUUAAUGUGGAGAAUAGGAUCAUUCCCCAUAUGCCAGCGCCAAGGUGGUUCGAUAGCCAGCGGUCCACUGAGAACCGGCAGAACACACUGACCGAGUACUGCUCCACCUUGAUCAACCUGCCUCGCAAGAUCUCCCGAUGCGGCCAUGUGCUGGACUUCUUCAAAGUGAGACCGGAUGACCUGAACCCUCCGACGCUGAGCCACAUCAAGAAACCAGAAGCCUUUCUGAUGCCACAGGAUUCCAGGAAGAUUGCUGCAGAUAUCACAGGGCCAAUCAUCCUGCAGACCUAUCGAGCUCUCGCUGACUACGAGAAGAACUCCAAAACCGAGAUGAGUGUGAAGACAGACGACCUGGUGGACGUCGUGGAGAAAAGCGAAAGUGGCUGGUGGUUCUGUCAGCAAAAGAACAAGAGAGGCUGGGUGCCCGCUGCAUAUCUAGAACCCAUGGACGGCCCGGAUGAGACAGAGGAACAAGAACCCAAUUACGCAGGUGAGCUCUACGUUGUCCGAAAAGGCUACACUGCUGCCCAGGACGAUGAGAUCACAUUGAAGGAAGGCGAAACCAUUGAAGUUAUCCAUAAACUGCUUGAUGGAUGGUGGGUGGUCAGGAAGGAUGAAAUCACCGGCUAUUACCCAUCCAUGUAUCUGCAGAAAGCAGGGGAAGAAAACCCCACAGGAAACGUUCAGCUGAGGAACAAAUCCGCCCCACCUCGAAGGUCCAGCAUCCGAAACAGCAAGAGCAUCCACAACCAAAGCCGGAAGCAGAUCAGCCAGGAGACGUACAGGCGGAACAGCAUGAAAUAUGUCCAGAACCUCAGGAAGCUGAAGAGCAACCUUCUGGGCAAAGCCAGCACCAUCAUUGAGGCGGAUGAACCCAAGGCUCAGCCUGCUAUUCCUCCGAGACCCAGUAAGGAUUUAAUUCUGAUCCACUGCUCAGAGAGCACAAAAAGCAAAAUCAAGUGAGAGAGAUGAGAUGGUUGAUCUCUGUACAUCAUCCCAAAGGGACUUGCCACUCAGAAUAUGAAUCUCGUGAGGUUCUUUACUUCUGCAUUUAUUCCAGAAUAUAGCUGUUCCUCCUUCUGAGCUUCUACCAAUGCACAUGCUCAUGAUAAGUUCUCAAUCUGUACAAGACUUGAUGGGUUGGAAUGAAUGCGUUGUGUGAGUUCUCCAGCAUUGAAAACCUUAUGGACUAGUAACACUUUCGGCUCUGGCAAAGACCUACAGGGCACCUACAGUGACUGAGGCGUGGUCGUCCGUGGAAGAUGCAAGCGUUCAGAAAUCCAUGGGAUUAGUGCAGAAAUGAAGCUAAGAUCAUAUGAAUGCUUGUUACAUUUAUGUUUUAUAUAUUUUUGUCAGUGCACUUGGGUAAAUAGAUUCCUGGUCUGUGUUUAACUUAUAUGGCUACACAAGUGUGAAUCUAUUUGGAAAAUAAAGAAGUUGGUGUGAAAA